AUGCGUUACUGUGAUCUCUUUCGCUCUCUCCUUUCCGAUCAUUUACCGUCCACUGUUCCCUCUCUCUGUUUCACCGUCGGCCUUCCCCCUCGUUCUCUCUCGUCGCCCCGUUUCCAUCCUUUCCCUCCUUUCCAUAUCCUCCCCUCCCCACCCCCCCUGCGUUCUCUCUGUGUCAUCUACCUCCGUGGGUCACUGUUUUCAUCCCCCCUGUACUCUCCUAGGUCUUGGACGGGCUCGCGCUCCUGUCCCCUCUCGCGCUCCUGUCCCCUCUCGCGCUCCUGUCCCCUCUCGCGCUCCUGUCCCCUCUCGCGCUCCUGUCCCCUCUCGCGCUCCUGUCCCCUCUCGCGCUCCUGUCCCCUCUCGCGCUCCCGUCCCCUCUCGCGCUCCUGUCCCCUCUCGCGCUCCUGUCCCGUCUCGCGCUCCUGUCCCCUCUCGCGCUCCUGUCCCCUCUCGCGCUCGCGUCCCCUCUCGCGCUCCUGUCCCUUCCUUCCCCUCCUCCCGCCCCUUCCCCCUCGCGUCCCUUCCCUCCUCCCGUCCCUCCAUUCCUGCCGUCGCUCCCCUCAUGAAUUCCUUCCCAUACUCCCUCUCCCCCCUCACCCCCCUCCCUCCCCUUCCUCUCCCUCCUCUCCCUCCUUUCCUCACACUCCUUUUCCUUCUCCCAUACCUCUCACUUCCGCUGCCUGUGCUCGACUUAACUUGACUUCCCUCCCCUCCCCUCGCACCUCUUUCCUCUGGUGUGUUGCCCCGCCGUUGCCCACCCACAGCAGACUACGAGGGCGAGCAGCAGAUGGUUUUGAGAUGUCUCAAACCUUCACUCUUAUCACCCACAACAGACUACGAGGGAGAGCAGCCGAUGGAGGUGGAGUGGAGGCGCUAGAGGGGCAGCAGAGCAAUAACACCGCACCUCCCCUCCCCACCCCUCGCCCUCUCGCUGCCUCAUGCCCUGGCUUUCCAGACUACGAGGAGGAGCAGCCGAUGGAGGUGGAGGCGCCGGAGGAGCAGCAGAGGCAAAAACGCCCCUCUUUUCUCCUCUCAACUUUCCAUGCUCUGCGCUCGGCCCCAUCCCGCCCGCCCGCACAGACUACGAGGGCGAGCAGCAGAUGGAGGUGGAGAGGAGGCGCUGGAGGCGAUCCUCACGGACGAGGCGAGCAGAGGAUUGAGGUGGAGGCGCUGGGGAGGCAGCAGAGGCACCUUCCACCCCCCCUCCACUCCCUCCCCAUUCUCCCGCUUCCGUCCCUUGGCCCAUCUCUCUGCCUCAUGCCAUGGCUCGACAGACUACGAGGGAGAGCAGCAGAUGGAGGUGGAGGCGCUAGAGGCGAUCCUCACGGAGGAGUGAGUCUCUUUCCAUACUACGAGGGCGAGCAGCAGAUGGAGGUGGAGGCGCUAGAGGCAAUUCUCAUGGAGGAGUUUGAGAGGGUGGACGACACAUCAGGUCUGGGCAUGCCAGCGGAUAAGCCAUGCUACCUCAUCACAAUAUCACCCAAGGGGGACGACGAGGAAGAGACGACACCUUUUCCAGUGCGGCUGGCACUCUACUUCGCUCACACACCCACCUACCCCGAUGAGCCACCGCUGCUCAGCUUGCGAAGCCUACAAGGAGUGAGAGCCGUGGAUCUUGAGGAGAUUCGCAACAAACUCAAGGAAGAGGCCGAGGAGAACCUUGGGAUGGCCAUGAUGUACACUCUUGCCACGUCAGCCAAGGAGUGGCUGAGAGAGAAGUAUGUCGGAGUGGAGGAGGAGGAAGAGGAGGAGGAGAAGGAGGAGGUGAUAGAGCCGCACGGUCUACCUGUGACAGUGGAGACAUUCACAGAGUGGCGAGAUCGGUUUGAAGCCGAGAUUGCCCUGGAGAAGGCUAAGUUGCUGUCAGAUGCAGCACUCGCAGCAUCCAAGGAGAAGCGGCUUACAGGCAGACAGUGGUUCGUGCAGAAAGCAAGCAAGGGAAUUGUGGUGGAUGAGGAGGAGGCGGAGGAGGAAGAGGAAGAGGAGAUCGAUUUUGAUGACGAUGAUUUUGAUGAAGACAUUGAUGAGGACGACAUGCUGGACCAUUACCUUGCCGAAAAGAAUCAAGCUUAG